AUGCUGGAGCAGAAGGCAAGCAUAAUUGUGUUUAUGGUUUUGAGUGGGAUUGCCAGUACGGUUAUGAAUAAGUACUUGGUUAGUCGGUUACAGAUCAAAACAAAAUUCUUUAUCUUAUCGGUGCAAACCUUGGUUAUUCUGGUGGUUUUGUUGCCAUUAAACCUUCUUUUCUUCCCGGAAAGGACAAAAGAGGCGAGUCAGAUGAUAAGUCAAUGGUUCUGGAUCAGUGCAUCUCUAACGGCAAUGGUUUAUACUGGUUUGCAGGCGAACACCCACUUGUCAAUCUCACUUUUUACGGUGUUGAAGAAUGGAAGCAUUCUAAUCAUUGCUGCGUACGACUGGAACUUCAAUCAGUAUCAGAUUACAGGAUUAACCGUUGCUUCUUUUGGGCUGAUUGUUUUAAGCUCACUGCUAGGAACUGUUUCGGACUCGUUGGGGAAGAAGAACCAGGUGGUUGACUAUAAGCAAAAGGAAAAGUUGUUAGUGGGUUUGGCUUGGGUGGCAGUGAAUUGUACGACUUCGGCGUCGUAUACUAUUCGGCUGCGGAUGAUAGGACAAAGUACUGGGUUACCGAGUACAGUGAUUGCAAUGUAUGCUAAUAGUUUGGCCUUACCGUUUAUUGGGUUAUGCACAUUGGGUGAGUAUAUGUCUAUGGGCAGCUUUCCGUUUAAGCAUUUAUGGGUGGUUGUUCUGUCGGGGCUUUCAACGGCUUUAAUUGCUGUUUCAACGGCUAUGGCCGCAGCUAAUUUUACGUCAACCACUGUAGCAAUGAUUAAUGCUCUGAAUAAGGCGCCAAUUUCGUUGAGUGGAGUUCUAUUUAGGUUCGAGCAAAUUGAGUCGGGCUGGAAAUGGCUGUCCCUAGGAAUUAGUGCAGCAGCCGGUAUUUCCUAUGCACUAUCAAGAAGCUCCCUAUCCAUGCAUGCAUAA